CUGCAAGUGCGGCGAUGGUGAGCAGCAGCAACAGAGAGCACAGCGUUGGCGACUUCUUGGUCCAUGGUCCGGUGUUGAGGUCCAUUGGAAGGCAGCGAAUGAGUAUUUAGAGAUGCGGUAGACGAUGUAGACGUUCGAUGAGUUGCGAUGAAUGUUUUGUAGAGCUGGUGGGAAAUGAAUGAAAUGCGGGGGCUUUUAUAGUAUAUUCUCCAGAAGGAAGACCGAAAUUGCCAGCUAAGAGACUUGGAGGUUAUAAAAGCAGUUUUAGUGAAAUGUUCAAUAUCUUCAUUUGCCUCUCACCACGCCAGUCAUCGACAGGACUAAACUACAAUGACGUCUCCAACAAACAACUGCUGCCACCCGAAGCAACAACAACCGCAAACGACAGCAAGUGAACUGGCGAGUGUCAUGCAGGAAUUGCGUCAACGAUUCGACAAACCGACGAACCCGAACGAUGUGCCAGUUCAGCCUGUGCUGAAGGAGAAGCAGAAAGAACAGCUUAGCUUUUUCCAAAGGAAGGAUGCCUUCAUGAGGGAGUGUCAAAAGCGAUUUGCAAAGAAAAUUCUCGUGCGGAUGCAGCAACGGAGCGCGCCUCAACUUCUCAACGGCAGGGAGAAAUUUUCAGUGAAGUGGUGUGAUCGUCCAAGCUCGCAAUAUGGCUGUCAGGAUACCAAUUCCGCUCCGGACUUCUUGACAGAAAAGACCAAACGGGAAACCAUGGAGGAGCCUGAUGAUGAGGAGAAAUUGUCUGAGUACUGCAAUGAGGCACUAAUUAAAUCGGCGUCUACCGGAAAUGUCAACUCUCUGAGCACUCCAGUGUCAGUUCCAACAAUAACUAGAUCGGCGUCUACUGGCAAUUUGGGUUCUACUGGCAACUUCAGUUCUUCCACAGCUCAACAACAGCCUAUGUUCUCUUCUAGCGUGAUGCUCGAAAUUCCUCAUUCUGAAGUGGAGUCUGUUCCUUCUUCUAUCCUGUCUUCUGCCUGUUUGCUUAGUCGACUCGAAGCGCGAGAGAGAAUGUGUAAAUCCUGUCGUCGUGCAGGGCCGCAAUAUGACAGCUUUUUUGGAUGUCGUCAUACCAAAUCCUGCCCGGGUCUCCUCGAGUAUCCGUCUGAGAUGAUGAAGUUUCUUGUCGACUGCGAGGAUAUAACUGGCCAAAGACACCCUACUUUCUCGACAAAAAGGGCUAUGGAAAUCGCGGAGGAGUGCGAUCGUCAAUGAACUCUGUUGGGGAUUGUAAUCGACCUUACUGCUGCUGUAGCCUACAACUUGCCAGGCACUACGACUACCUCUUUCCACUAGACACUCCUUCACGUGAUGCUGUGACCACAGAUGAUAGAAGCGCCAAGACUGCAAGCAAUUUGAGAUCAUUCUCUCCUGAUGACUACUUUG